AUGGCAGCUCCAAAACUUGGAUUCUUUGAGAAGAUCGCUAACCUCUCCGGUGCUCUGUACCGCCACCAAGCAGCUCAAUUCCCACGUCGUUUCGCCAUCCUGAAGGCCGUCGGAAAGCACGAGCUCGCUCCACCACGUCAAGCUGACUGGCCAGCAAUCAAGGCUGACUGGGCCAAAGUCCAGAGUUUCAUCCAGAACGGAGGAUAUAAGAACUUGACUGUUAAGGAAGGACUCGUCUACACUGCCGUCACUCUUGAGGUUUUCUUCUGGUUCUUCGUUGGAGAAAUGAUUGGACGUCGCUAUGUCUACGGAUAUCUUGUUCCAUCUGACUACGUUUCCAAGUCCACCAAGAAGGCUGUCAAAGAACAAGAGGCUCUUGCUGCUCUCGAGAACUAA